CAUUCACUGUUGAUGAGGGGAGUGGAACCUCAACCCAGCAUGUUAUCGUGAUAAAGUCUGCAGAUGGAGAGGCUGCAGGUCCUGGAGGAUCGUCUCUGGUCAAGCAGGAGAGGACUGAAGGAGAAGAGGACCCACGGCACAGCAGAGACAUCCAGACUGGAGCCACGGGGGACCAAUCCAACAGCCCCAUGCCCCAGCCCAGGACCAGACGCAGCAUCACGGAGUUCAGUGGAACGCCGAACGCCGUCCUCAAGUCAGAGACAGACAAAGAGACUUUAACUGUAACAAAAAGCCUUUUACACACAGGAUCUGACCACAGGUCAGACCCAGAGAGGCUGGGGCCACUGGGCUGUCCUCCGGCUCCUGGCUCAGAGAACUUACCAGUAUUUCAUCAGAGCCAGAGGAAGGAUCAUUCGUGUGGAGAUGGUGAUCGUGACACGUUAGACAAUGGCAGUGAUGAUCCGUCUUGUUCUUACGCUACAGAGAUGGACCCUGACAACAUGCUCUUGGGUUUAGAGACACAGACUGAUUUGUCUAGAGGACACUGGAAUCAGUACAGUAGUAGUGUAUACUCUGAAGGGGGCCUAGAUAAGAAAGGGGAGGGUCUGGUCGUAGAUGAAUUGACUGUGAAAGUGGAGGGCGACGUUCCUCCCACAUGGAUUGGAGAUGGUCACCUUGGAGACGGACACUCACAGGGCAGAGAUUUCUUAGAUUACAGGGAAAGCUUGGAGACAAAUUCACUUGUUGCGACCCACUCCACUUUACAAGCAUUCAGGGAUCGCGACCUAGUGUCCAUGUCGAUGGGGCCUUCCGAUUCACACAGCCGUGUUCUUUUUGAUCAGAAAUUGAACUUAAACGACAGGGCUAGAGUCCAGGCUCAGGGAGAGGAAGCCACAUCAGAAAAUAGUAAAGAGAAACGGUUCCUCUGCAUGUUCUGUAACAAAGGCUUCAGCUGCCUCCAGAAGGUGGAGAUCCACCAGAGGGUCCACACAGGGGAAAAACCUUUCAGCUGUACCCAGUGUCAUAUGCGCUUUGCCCAGACUGGUGACCUGAAGAGGCACCAGAGGGUCCACACAGGGGAGAAACCAUUUGGCUGCCACCUGUGCCGGGCUAGUUUCUCCCACUCCUCCAGCCUGAAAAGGCACCAGAGGGUCCACACAGGGGAGAAACCUUACAGCUGCCCCCAGUGUGAGAAAAGGUUCUCCCACCAGCACCAUUUGAAGAUGCACCUGAAGGUCCACACGGGAGAGAGGUCGUUUGCCUGUACGCACUGCGGGAAAAGUUUCUCCGAGAGGAGUUACCUCAGAAUACACCAGCAGAAAAAACAUUCCACUCUAUAACGUAGAAAGUAACCGUUCUACUCGAUAGAUUCUGAAGUUUAUGUCAAACUCUGCAUUAAAGACGAAGAUGAAUUUAUUGUUGUCAACCGAAAAGACCCACAGGUGCAUUUGGUAUAUGAGAGUUACAGAUUUCACUGUUGAAUAUUCCUGAGUAGAAUAUUGCGUCCAGAUAUUGUGUGAUUAUAUAAGGCAUAUACACUGCUUUUGGAAAGUAUUCAGACCCCUUGACUUUUUCCACAUUUUGUUUCAUUACAGCCUUAUUCUAUAAUGGAUUAAAUAAAUAAAAAAUCCUCAGCAAUCUACAAACAAUACCCCAUAAUGCG